AUGUUUCGAAGUCGUAGUUGGUUUGGGGGCGGUUGGGGUCGCCCUAAAAAUCCCCAUUCGCUGGAAAGAUUGAAGUAUUUACACAAUAUUCUAUGCAGAAACACUACUGUAUCAGAAAGUAACAGAGGCAUAUUAGUUGAAUCAUUACGAUGUAUCGCAGAAAUACUUAUAUGGGGUGACCAGAAUGAUAGCUCUGUGUUUGACUUUUUCCUAGAGAAGAACAUGCUAUCAUAUUUCUUAAGGAUAAUGAGGCAGAAAUGUGGGGGAUCUUCGUAUGUUUGUGUACAAUUGUUGCAGACACUUAAUAUACUGUUUGAGAAUAUAAGAAAUGAAACAUCAUUAUAUUAUCUUCUCAGCAAUAAUCAUGUUAAUUCAAUAAUAGUACAUAAAUUUGAUAUAUCCGAUGAAGAAGUGAUGGCAUACUAUAUAUCAUUCCUUAAAACUCUCAGCUUUAAACUAAAUAACCACACAAUACACUUCUUUUAUAAUGAGCAUACAAAGGACUUUCCUCUUUACACAGAGGCUAUCAAAUUUUUUAAUCAUCCGGAAUCAAUGGUCAGAAUAGCCGUCCGUACGUUGACUUUGAAUGUUUAUAAAGUACAAGAUGCUAGUAUGUUGCGGUUUAUAAGAGACAGAACCGCUGCGCCGUAUUUUAGUAACUUGGUCUGGUUCAUUGGGAAACACAUAUUAGAGUUGGAUGCCUGUGUCAGAAAUGAUGCUGACCACCAAUCCCAACAAAAGUUAGCCGAUUUAGUAGCCGAACACUUGGAUCACCUUCACUAUAUAAACGACAUUCUGUGCCUGAACAUUCCUGACCUGAACGAUGUUCUUACUGAGCAUUUACUUCACAAACUAUUAAUACCACUCUACAUAUACUCACUCACAUCCGACACGAUGAAACGUCCGGUAUAUAAUCGCGAACACUUGCAAAGUAUAGAAGUUAUAACUCGUAAUUUAGAAGCAAUAUUAACCGGGAAAAGCACUGAUACUCCACCAAGAAUAAAUUAUCCAAUCCAAAGAAUUGAAUCAGAGGAGGAGAUUAAGCCUUCAGUUUCGUGUGUGGUCGCCCUAUUUUUGCUAUCGCAAGUUUUCCUAAUUAUAACUCACGGACCAAUAGUUCACGCGUUAGCUUGGAUCAUACUCCAAUCAAAUUUAUCAGUAUUCGAGGAAGGUGCUACAAAAAUAUUGGACAUGUACGAUAGGAACGCCAAAUCCAACGUAAAACUUGAAUUCUCCAAACCUCAAUUGAGUUUGGAGAAAGCAUUGGAGAACACUUCGUGUCCAGAAAGAGAUUACACGACUCCAGAAUAUGCUGAGGCCAAAAGCUUUGGUGAAGAUUUGGAUAACACCGAUCAUUCAAGUUGCGAUCUAGAUCCGGAACUAGUUUCCAAUUCGCUGCCGUCCACCUCCCAAAUCAGCGAAACUUCGAGCAUAGCCCACGAUUCCACGGAGGAUUUGGUGACGCAAAUCCAGACUAUUAAGAGGAAUCCCGCCAUCCCGAAAGCUAAUAUGCCAGAUUCACCACUCCCAGAUUCGGUUGAACCAUCAAAAACUGUGACGGAAAUGAAUAUAACUGACGAAGAAAAACAGAAGCUGUUGAAUGUGAUGCCGGGAACUUCUGGUGACGUCACAGAAGAUAUUCAAAGAACGACUGGAAAUAUAGAAAAUAGACCAUUCUUAAAGACCGUUGUAGAUUCAUUGGAUUGCACAGAAAAUGACUAUAAAGCGUUGUUCGCACUAUGCCUGCUAUACGCGUUGAUAAAUAAUAAAGGGGUCAAUCCUGAGUUGCUCGAUAUUUUAUUGCGGCCAGAAGCUGAUCUAAGCAAAGCGAGUACCUCAAGUGGAUCGCCAGAUGAAGGGGAAAGAAAGGAAAAGAAAGAUAGCUUCAAUGGACUCCUAAUAGCGGAAUUGAUGGCGAUUGCUAAUCUAUGCUGUAAGCCGGCUUCCAAGGUCCGUUUAGUGACAUGUGAGCUAACUGUUCGUCUUCUUCGCACCGCGAUGCAGUUCAGCGAGGGUUCAGUGACCUCACGACAGACAGCCAAUGUAUUGAGAGCCCGCGCCGCAGCACUCGCUAGGAACUUCUAUAAAUGUGAUGACAUCUUCUUGGAUAUGUUCGAGGAUGAGUACUGUGAGAUGUCCAAGAAGCCUUUGAACGUUGAGUGUCUGUGUAUGGAUGCGGCCAUCUUGUUACCACCCACGCGUACACCUAUGUCAGGGAUUGCUUUCGAAAAAAGACUGCCAAGCGGAGAGAUGGAGCGAGCUCGUCGCGCCAUACGGACGUUCUUCUUGAUAAGAGAGCUAUACCUCAAGCUGACCGGCCGGCCUGAGAGUCAACUGCCGUUAGCCAAUCCCGCGCCAUUUGUGCAAGUUGGAGAUGUUUUGGACCUAAACGACUCCGACCUGAUAUCCUGUGAUAUAAUCCAAAGAGACGGUACUUGGCAACAUCGCUUUUUAGCGGUAGACAACAUGCAGGUGAUACUUGUUGAACCUGACAAACAACGACUGGGCUGGGGGGUCGCUAAACUGGUGGGGAGUCUACAGGAUCUUGAGAUACAAGGUGACAAGGAGGACCCGAGAUGUCUUCAUCUUAUAAUACACAAGCCUCGUGUUGGCGCUAACGGAGCACUACCUCGGACGAUAUUAUUGCGGGCGAAGUUUAAAUUUGACGAUCACAUUCGGAGUAUGGCGGCCAAACAGAGACUCACUAAGGGUCGAACAAAAGCCCGCCAGAAGAAAAUGCAACAGAUAGGCCGUUUAUUAGAAGUGUCAGGUGUCGCAGCUCUACCAACGCCUUCCUCUCACAGACAUCGACCGCUCUUCGCUCGACCAGCCCUCGCCGCAGUUAGGAGACAUUCAGGUAUAGAUGGUGAUGAUACUGAGAGACGUAUAAGAAGAACUAGCGGUCACGUCCUCAAAGAUGGCAUCGUGGUGUAUCGAGAACGAACUACCACUAGCCGAGAAAGCAGUGUAUCUCGAGGCAGCAAUGGUUCAAGAGAUUCAUCACCUCGGGCCAGAUCAGAGGAAAUACCUUUAGAAGACAUCAGACGUAGCGCCGGCUCAGCAACACCUGUCGUGAGAAAUCCUAUACCAACAACCUCUCAUCCGAAAGUAACCAACGCUUCUUCAGAGGAAACUUCCUUCAUAUCUAACGAUCCAAGGAAAAGGAAGGGUAUUGUUGAGACUAUAUGA